UCGAAGCGUUUUCAUUAUUGAACACGAUAUCUUUGAUAACUUAAACAAUAUGUGCUUGUGUGGCGCUUUAAAAGUAUUAGUGAAGUGUCCGACACUUGCCACAUGGAAGUGAUUAUAACCAGGCCUGUGAAGAUCGCUGACGUUCAGACUUGGUGCAGUCGUCAUUGUUUUCAAGAAAAGAUGGCAGAGACAUCUGUGAGUGAUGGUCCUGCCACAGGAGGUGAUUUUGACAUGAUGAGUGCUCUAGACUGGAAGGACGGCAUAGCCACAUUGCCUGGAAGUGACAUUCGGUUUCGGAUGACUGAAUUUGGCACUUUGGAGAUUGUCACAGAGGCAGAACCCAAAAUUAAAGAGGCAGCGCUUACAGACCCACAGUUUAAAACUACAGGCACAAACAACAGUCAUCCACCUGAAUUAAACACAACUUCAAAUCAGACUGCAAAGAUCCAGUCAAAUACUGAUACUCAUCAGACAAGUACUCCCGCCUCCAACGAACCCCAAAGGCAGGCCGGCGGGGGCAGCGGUGCGAUUGAAAACCCCAGCAUGAACACUGUUCCCAAUGCCAUCGUUCCUGUCACCGAAGCCCCCGUAAACUGCAGGUCCUGUGGUCUCUCUGGCUCACGGGAGUCCUUCCUACAGGGCAAAUUUUGCAGCGCAUCUUGUGUACAGCCUUCUAGUGGCAGGUCAACCCCAGCUGAGGCAAUCGAAGGCGAGCGUUUAGGUAAACGUGUGAGAAAGAAGAAGAAGAUGUUUAUGGAAUCUGAAGAUGAGGAGGAGGAGAAUAUAGAAGAGGAAGAGGAGAGAGUUAAAUCCUCAAAGGGCAGACGAGCAGCUAAAGUUGCUAGACUAGUAACGGCACCUCUCGUGAAGAAGAAAACCUGGAGCUGGUCAGUUUAUCUGGAGGAGGAGAGAGCUGCCGCCGCUCCUAUCAAACUCUUUAAAGAGCACCAGUCCUUUCCACAAAGCAGGAAUGGAUUUAAAGUUGGCAUGAAAUUAGAAGGACUGGACCCCUGUCAUCCUGCCCUCUUCUGUGUUUUGACAGUUGCGGAGGUGCAAGGCUACAGGAUUCGACUUCAUUUUGAUGGUUAUCCUGAGUGCUAUGACUUUUGGGUUAAUGCUGACUCGUGGGAUGUGAAGCCUCCAGGGUGGUGUGAGAAAACCAGCCUCAAGCUUUUGCUGCCAAAAGGCUGCAGAGAUGGGGAGUUUAACUGGAAUACAUAUGUGAAAAACUGUAGAGGUCAAUUGGCCCCCAAACAUCUCUUCAAAAGUCUUAAUACAUCCGUCACGCCAUCAGGAUUUCGUGCAGGGAUGAAGCUGGAAGCCGUGGACAGGAAGAACCUGUCAGACAUUUGUGUAGCGACCAUUGCUGCUGCUGUCGAUAACCGACUCCUCAUUCACAUUGACCACUGCGAUGACACGCAUGAUUAUUGGUGUGAUGCCAGCAGUCCAUACAUUCAUCCAGUAGGGUAUUGUGAGGAAGCCAAGUUAACCCUUACUACACCUGCAGAGUAUAAACACCUUAAGGGCUUUUUCUGGGAAAAAUACCUUGAAGAAACUGGAACGCAGGCUGCCCCAGCCAGAGCCUUUAAACAGAGACCACCACAUGGCUUCCAAGUUGGGGUGAAGCUGGAGGCAGUGGAUAAACGUAAUGCCAUGCUCAUCCGUGUUGCCACUAUCUCUGAUACAGAAGAACACAGAGUCAAGCUCCAUUUCGAUGGUUGGAGUGAUGAAUAUGAUUAUUGGCUAGAUGCCGACAGCCCAGAACUGCACCCCGUAGGCUGGUGUCAGAAGACAGGCCAUCCUCUACAACACCCCAAUGGUACUAGAGAUUCUCCAGUUCCUCCAGGACAAGGCUGUCCAACCCCAGGAUGCAACGGAGUCGGACACAUCAGAGGACCUCGGUAUGGGACACAUUACACGGCGGUGAGUUGUCCAUACUCGGAUUUAAAUUUUAAUAAGGACGGGUUGGUUCCAGACAGGCUGAACGGGGAGAGGCCAGUCACCCUCAGUGGACCUCCACGUCAUCGGCGUGCUGAAACACUCACUCAAACACAUCAACCCACGUCCAGCGCCAGCACUCCAGAGCCCCCAGACACCACCACUGAUGCCUGCCCGCAAACCCGGCCCGUGCGCGAGCAUGUUGUGACUGCCACUGCUCCCAAAUGUGUCAAGGCACCACAGGUGAAGCAGGAAGGGGACGGAAAAGAUUCUCUCCAGCAGUUACUGCAUGAGUCUGUGUUUUGUGGAUGGGAGCCGCCGAGGUUUCAGCUGUGUUGGGAGAAGCAUGGCAAACUGUUGCCCGAAGCUUUAGGCCUCACUGCCAAGAGAGUGUCCAAGUGGAACACAGAGGAGGUUGUAAGUUUUGUACGAGGGCUUCCUGGCUGCAGAGAGCAUGCUCCCACCUUCAGGAAGGAGCAAAUUGAUGGCGAGGCCUUCCUGCUCCUUACUCAAUCAGACAUUGUAAAGAUUCUGAGCAUCAAGCUCGGCCCUGCUCUCAAAAUCUAUAACUCUAUCCUCAUGCUGAAGAGCGCAGAUGAGGAGUAAUGUCUGAAAGUUGCUCCAUCCCUCCACAAGCGUUUCUGACCAAUGCUCAGUCAUUACUCUCACUAUGAUUGACAGACUUUGGCAAGUCAGCCAAUUGAACAAACUCUACAUGAUCAGAAAAAUCCCAUCCCUAAAAAGCUGAUCAUAUAUGACGUCACCCCUCCCAGCUCCUCUAAAAUAAGUCUCGUGAAACAGAUGGUCUGAUUGAUUAUCCGAUCAUCUGUUGAUUUUACACUCUGGAGGGGGUGCAUGUGGACACUAUACUGAAGCACCUUAAAAUGCUUAAAGCUUAAACUGGAACCUUGCGCUGUAGAUAUUUAUCUUUUUAUGGUUGCUAACAUGACGGCUAAUCGAGAGGAAAGAUUGGUGGAGCUUUUACUUGAAAUAUCAAUUUUUAAAAAAUGCAAAAAGACCAUUGUUUGUAAUCAAACACACAUCCCAAAGGAUCCGGAUUGGCCUGUUUGAAACCACUAGAGGGCAGCGGGAUUUUGUGUGUGUGUGUGUGCGUGUGCGUGUGUGUGUGUGUGUGUGUGUUUGAAAGACUUUGCAAGCACGUGUGUGUGUGUAAAAUGAAUAAUGGGUGCUUGCAUUAAAUGUCAGGGAAUUGUUGUUCUGGGCAGAUCUGGAAUUGAAUGUCUCAGUUUGUAUUCACAUGAGAUGUGUGAUCUUGUAAAAAUGCAUUUGUAAAUUAAGAAAACAUUGUAUAGUGCUUUGGACGGUGUGCUGACUGUACAAACAGAAUAGAGAGAGAGUGUUCGUGUGUGUGUGUGUGUGUGUGUGUGUGUGUGUGUGUGUUCGUGUGUGUGCGUGUGUGUUUUAAGCCUCUGAGACCCUGAGAUAUUUUGUCUUGUACAAGCAUUCCUGAGCACCAAGACAUUUUGUCCUGUCAUUGACUGAGUAAAAGCUAAUCUGUUGUGUGGUGCAGCUCUGCUACAGCUGAUCUGACUCACUCUGCUUUCAUGCUUUGGUUUGGAUUUGCGGUGCUUCUGAAAUUAUACAUACAUGUACAGUAUAUGCCGGUUUAUCUUCUAGCAUUAAGGUCUGGAUACUCUGAUCAAAUUAGCGUGAGAAACCGGUGAGGAAUUUCAGAAUGGUUCUACAAAACAGUUAAAAUCCAAUACAGAUAAAAUUCUGCUAAUUUGACUACAAGGCAUUUGGACAAUGAUGGAAAAUCAAGAUGUGGGGAAAUCCUCAUUGCAGAGCUUUGGCGUGUGUGUUUGUGUGUAUGUCUAAGCAGAUGGGUUGUGUUUGACAGAAUGUGUUUUUGCCCAAAUGGAUGAAUGGAUAGAUUGAUGGAGAAUAAAUAAGGAUUUCCAACAGA